AUCCGGAUGAAAGAGAUUUGAAUGUUUUUAGUUGGUUAGUACCGACAUGGCGGACGGAUUUGGAGCAAUAACCUGGUGGGGAUUUAGUCCCGCUCUAGACUUGCAGGAGAGCUGCCAAUGUAAGUGCAAAUUCAGCCACUUUGGCUAUGCUUACUGUCUUUUACCUGCUUUUACUCUGCACUUACAGUUGGUUAGCGUCUUCCAUUUUUUACGCGCGCUUUGCUACAUGUAGCUACUAGCGGUGUGCGACAAACUCAGGCUGCAGACUUGCAGACUGGCAGGUAAACGAGGUAAGCAUUGUUGUGAAAUGCUUUAACAGAUACUCUAUCCCUAAACUUUAAGUCUUCUAAAAGUCUAGUUUAGGGAUAGGUAAUCUGUUAGAGCAUUUCACAACAAUGUUUACCUUGUUUACCUGCCAGUCUGCAGUCUGAGUCUGCGUUUGUCGCACACUGACUAGCUACUAGACAGAAUGUGCCAGGUGUUCGAAUGUUUGUUUACUUUUUUUUCGCAUUUUUUUUUCACAGAGCAUUAUUUUUUGUACACUUGAGAGCCUUUUUCCUCCAAACAAGUAUUGUAGUAUGAAGUGAGCACUUUAAGAGGUAAACCUACAAUCGAAUAAGUGCAACCUUAACCUUAACCUUAUUGUUUACAGUAUUGACAUCACAGUUGGAAAAUUUGAAGCUCUCUGAAGAGAAGAAAACUACAGAGCAAGGUAACAAUUUGGUAAUUUCCGCACGCCACUGAUAAAAUAAGAGCCUCACUCUAAUCACUAAAGGGAUAGUCCCAGUCAAUUUGAUGUUUCGGGUAAAGCGGGGAGCUUUGUGGGGCAGCUUUGACAAGAUAAUAUUUUCGGUGUACUCGAGUUGUUCGUAAUUCAAACUUAUCAAUAGCUAGGAGGUAUUUUUGAGGAUGGCUGAACAAUCAAGAAGGUUUGUGUCUCUAGACAAACCUAUAGACAAGUUUAUCGAAGACCAAAAAAACAAGAACCGGCGAAACAACAGCGGAAAGGGAUAAACAGAACGAGACGUAAGCUUUUGUUGUGCUUUUUGUUGGAGCUACAUUGCCUUUCAUUUAACCAUUUAAGCUUAAGCUUAUAAUUGAAACUGGCUAUUUUACUUAAAUUCACUCAUUUUCAAUUGUGCAUUGAGAACAAACAGUUAAGAUUACUUAUAGUUCUUGGAUUACACGAAGCUUCAAAUGUAUCAAGCGCGUGUUUGAAUCAUCAGACGAAGACAGCCCUACGCAGUGACAAACUUGACUUGGCUUUGUUUCUUUCGUUAUUUCCUUAUUUAAUUAAGAAUUGAAAUGUUUGCUAUCCUUUGCACCAGUUAUGAUUUUUGAUUGGUGAUAUUUUCACAUGUCGAUUUUAGUAAAAACUUAAUUUUUCGAAGAGAAUUUAACCCAUUCGCCCCUGAACCGCCCGUAACCGCCCGUGCGGAUCCAGGUCCUUUCUACCCAUUGUGACGUCAUCAGUUUUAACGGUCAAGGACAACUUUCUUCACUAACUUGUGCAGAGUGAAGAGAUCUUUCAAACCAUACCAGAAUGAGCACAAUUCAGUCAAGGACACCGGAGAAACAAGCAAAAAACCACGUGACAUUGACCUGAAAAUCUCCAUGAAAAUCUUGUCCCAUUACCCACCUACCUUUCCUUUCGCCUAAUCCUAAGAUCCUAAAAGCUUUCCUAAAAACUCUUCCCACCAAAAUCAAGCCUACUAAAUGCCCAGCAAGAGAAAAAAAAAAUGAGGCAAGAAAAGCAAAAAAAGAAGGGAGGAGAGAAAGCGAAAAGUAAAAGUCAAGACUGCUGUGUCACUUUUAAACCCAAAAACUAUGUCGAAAUUUUGCUUUCUGUGCAUGCCCGAACUUCACAAGCUGAUAUUUUGCAUCUGGAUCAGAAGACCGCGAAGUGUUCGACCUGUAAACCAGUUUGUGGUAAGUUUUAGCUCUUUAAAGCACGACAGUGACCAGAAAACCACUCGACUAGCUUCAAAACGCGUUUUUCGGCAAAAUCUCCAGGAGCGAAUGGGUUAAUACAGGAGUUUUGUAAUUAUUUUAGAGAACCAAUUAAAAAUGGAUAAAUAAAAAAAUCUCAGUAUGUAUAAAAUAAACAAAUUACAGCAUGGAAAGCGCUUUGUACGGGAUUUUCACACUUGUUGGUUUUGUAUCAGAAAUCUCACUCGUUCGCUGUGCUCACUCGUUCGAUUUCAGAUACUUCACCAACUCGUGUGAAAAUCCCGUACGCACGCACUUUCCAUGAAGUAAUCUCUAUAUUAUUUUGUCUUGUGUAUAUUAUGAACCCUUGUCCUGUGUAUAUUAUGAACUAAUUUAACCCUUUAAGCCCUAAUAUCCACAUGCAAAUUCCUUUUUGCAACUGCAUAUUAUAAGUUGUGUCUGUUAUGGUGAUGAUAUUCUUUGCAUUUUUUUUAUUCAUUGAUUUCAAUAUAUAAAAUUCAUAUAUUCAUCAUUUCAUUUAUAAUUUUGUUUAGGAAAGUAUAACAUCCUUAUAAUUGGGGCUGGAGACUGCCGGCACAUUUUGAAGACCAUUGCACAUACUUGGAGACAUUCUAAGAAAACAUUGAAUGUGAGUUUUGUUAGAGUAAUAAUAGAGAAAGUAAACUGAGACUUGAUGGAUUAGUGUUUAAGGCUUAUUUUUUUUCAAUCACAUUUGAAGAGGGGCUCAGUAGAGAAAGGGAGGCUUAAUAGAGGAUUUACUGUACGUGACUACUGGCAACAUAUGCAGGAGGAUCACAGAAAGACUGUUAUGUUACAGGAACAUUACUAUACUGGCCCUCCUAUGAUCAUGGCUAUCAGUAAGACUUUAAGUUGCUGGAUACACAUGUAUAUUAAUAAUGAAACAGGUUAAAAUAUUUAAGCCUAGGUCGAUUCUUAAUUUUCUUUGUCUCAGAGCCCUAAUUAUUCAUGAAUACUAGGAAACAAAGGAAAUUGAGAAUCAACCUACACCUGUAUGUUAAAAAAAAUUAACUUGAAUUUAAUUUUGACGUGUGACAUAUACAUGUACAUAGUUAGUAGGCAGGGAAUUGACAAACUUUACAGUUCUUUUGAUUUACCUUUCCUCUCAUUUUCUGUGAAGUAGUAGAAGCAGUCUUGCUCAUAGUAGCCUAGGGAACUCCCCAGCCACUGUCACUUAGUAAGAGCCCUAUGUGAUGGACCCUUUGGUUUAGGGGGAAAAUGGUACAUGCAUUCCUUGGUGAUUUGUUUAGAGAUACUGCAAGUAGCAAUGGCCAUGUAUCUUUACUUCCUGUACAUUUCUAAAAUGGUGCACCGUCUAUACAUGUACAUGUACAUGUUUAAAAAAACAGUAAGCCCAGUGAAAAAGGCUGACUUUCUUAGGUCUAGAGUCAAAGCCAGGGUUUGCCUUAUUCAUUCUUAUCAUUUUUAUUGUUGCAGAUAUAUGUUGUUGAGAAUAAUCUUGAGAUUUAUGGAAGAGACCUCCUUCUUCUUUCUAUUGCACUUGAACCCAAAGACAGAUUGGGUUUGCAAGGUUAGCUUUGAAGUGAUGUCAAUGAGGAAGAAAUGGUGGGAUGUGGAGGAAAUUUUUACACUCUUUAGAAACUGUGAGACAGUUUUUAAGCAAAUAAUAAUAAAAUAUUUAUGAAUAUUGUUCCAUGAAAUUUACCUUAGUUAACACUUUUCAUUUUUCAACAUAGACCAUGUUUUCUUUGAAACUUUAAACUUCAAUGUGUUCACUUAUAUACAUGUGUACUCCUACAAGAUGUUUUUGAUGUAAUUUAUUAUUGUGCAUAGUUUCCAUUACCUUUGGAUUUAGUUCUAUAAAAGAACUAAAAGUAAAAACAAUCUGCUGUCUAAUAGCAUGGGGCCAGGAUGACUUAUCAGUCCAGUGGAGAUAAAAAUACUAAAUGUGGGUGCUGUUGGAGCGAUAAGUGCUAUAUUUAUGAAAGAUGUCUGUGUAUCCAAGUACUAAGUAUACAUGUAGAUGCUAAAAUACCACAGAAUAAUGUUAAUAUUAUUGCUUUCACAAUAAUACUUUAUUCAUGUUUGUAAUGUUUAGAAAAAACUGAGCUUUUCCUUGAGUUGUUUGGGAACAGCCUUGUGAGACCUCAAGCAAGUGAAUAUUUGCAGCAAAAAUCAAAUGACUUCAUCAGGUAAAUAAAACAUGAAGUCUUUACUUUGCUAAGUAAGCUUUAUAAUAAGUAUAUACACUGUAGAUGUACAAUAUUUAUCAUGUUUGGGUGAGGUCUUAAUUUGAUAAUCUUUUUCCCCUUGAGGGUCUUGAAAUUGAGUUGAACUCAUCCCAACAUGCACAGUGUUUGGUCUUAUGCAUAUUUGCAUGUUGAGAAAAUUAUAUGACCCAAGUAUGUUUCUUGAUCUGCUAAUGCAGCAUCCUAUACAUGAAUAUUAGUUUACACAGUAGAAAUUAUUUUCCAGGAGUGAAGCUGCCUGCAAUCAGACAACCAGUACAGUUUGUACCAUUGUACACUGUGCACAGAACAGAUUUAACACUAACAAUACUAAGGAUUGGAAUUGACCAACCACUAGUGGGGUUGGAAAUGCACCAGCAACGAUGGUGUUAUUAAAAGUCCAGCACAGCAAUUCAGAACAGCAAAUUGACAGCAUCAACUGAUGAAGACCAGUAGUACACUGAUGAAAUGGCGUGAAUGUUAAAAAUGAUUAUCAUGACAAAAGUGCUAAAAUAAGCCCUAUCAUACAGAAUCCAUGAUGAACAAUAUCUUAUUCCCCAACAUUGAUUUUUUAUUGUUAUAAAUAUGAUUAUCGUAAUAAUUGUGCAAAAACAUGACCUGAAAACAUUUGUCUGCAACAACUUUUGGAAGUCACAUUAUCGAAAUGGAUGUUUUUCUUUUGUCUUCCAGAAUGAUAACAGACUCUGAUUACUUGGAGGCUUUCUUGCCUUUGGUUGAUUUUUCUCAGCUGAAGGUAACUAGUAUUAGUCUUUUUUAUUAAUGCAUAUUAUGAGGACUGCAAACAGUAAAUGUUUUUCUAAACGCUGUCUUACACUGCAACUAGGAAAAAGGCGAACACUCGAAAUAUCUUGGGAAAUUGUUUAUAGUGUUUUGACCAUUCACAGCAAAGAUCAGGACAUGCAAACUAGCCACAAAACCACAAUCUAAUUAACAUUGUUGCUUGCAUGGUAAUUUUCUCACACCUGAUUGGCUUAUUUCUUGCAACGCAAUAACAUUUCAGAAAUAAUUGUGGUGUUCACAGUUUUCCCGGUUUGACUUUAAGUUAUGGCUGUUUGUUGUCAUGUAGGUAACUUUCAAAAUUAGUGAAAAGUAUCAACUUUUUUGUUUGUAAAUUCAUUGUUCAUCCAAAGCGUUUUUUUGGGUACGCUUAUUCAGGGCCGAGUUUUUCAAAGCUGGGUUAAGAUAACCCAGGGUUAGUGCGAGAUUUGAAUUCAGAUUUGAAAGCUUAAAAAGCAUUUCAGUUCUAAUUCUUUUUGUCUUCAAGUUGAUGAUUGAAAGCUCUAAAUAUAACGGAGAAAAUUAUACAAGAAAAUGCUUUUGAACUCAAGAAAGAGAAACCCAGGUUAGAUUUAACCCCGGGUUAAGCGCUAAUCGGCCUCCAAACAACUGGGCCCAGAGCUUUGAUAAAUACAGUGUAGUUUGUCAUGUUUAGUUUGUAAUAAAAAACUAACAGGCUUGUGCAAUUUUUGUAGUUCAAAGAGAGAGACCAACUGGAAAGUAUCUUUAAAUUCUGGAGGAAUACAGACCCCAAACUGUUUGACAUAUGCCAGCAUUGGUAAGCAUCAAUCUAACUGUAUAUAUUAAGUUGAACUUUGACAAUUAUUUAAAAAAAAUCUUUUUUGAGACGUAUCAGAAUUUCUAUACAUUUUGGUAGUUAAAUUGUUUCCUAGUUUUUGUGAUAGUGAUGAUUAAAAAAAAGAAUAAGUGUGGCUAUCUGUCGCCAGGGAAGUGCUGAAUUAAGCAGUUGAGUUGCUUUCAUAACAGAUCCCAUGUUUUAUUUGAUAUAUUUUUUAUCAUUUUUCCUAGGGAAGAGAGGUUAAGGCAAUACUUUACAACUCGUUAUGACUCAAGACACAAUAUCUUUGACUGGGAUUACAACAUGAAACUGUCCAAAAAGGUAGAAAUUUGUUGUUUAUAAGUUAUGACAAACUAUUAAGUGGCAAAUUGAUCUUUGUGGGUAUCAAAUUAUUCUUGUUUGUGUUCAUUUUGCCAUCAUUCCCAUUUUCAUCUUAACUUUAAGGCAGAGAUCCCAACCUCUGGCGAUCUUAAGUCUGGAGACUCUAUCUCUUGCACUCCCUCUUCCCCUGAAUUCCAACAGACCCCCACCCCACAAAAUGACCCAGCCCCCAAUUAUGACACUCAUGGGAAUGGUUUUGGUCAUUAUAUGAGGUCUUACAUCAAAUACAUACCAUCAAAAUUUGCAUUCAUCAUUGUAAUGAUGAAACAAUCUUUGUCAGUGCAGACUAAAUAUUUGCGAAAAUGCCCCAGAAACCGUACUUUUUGGGAAAAAAUGGGCGAAAUUUGAAACUAGAGCACAGAAAUACUAAAAAAAACGAUUUUAGUGGCAUUGUUUGGUAUUUUAUUACUUCAUGUGUUAUUAUUGAUAGCGCACUGAUUUGAACUUUGUUUGUUUAAUUUUCUUUCAUACAGGCCUCGAUUAUUAACAGUCAUGAGUAUAAGAGCUGGCGGGAACAGGGUGUGGCAUUUGAACUGCGUAGUGACUCCACAUAUGAAGUAUCAAACAGAUCGUUGGCUUCAGGUCUUAUUAUUAAAAAGGUAACGAGAAGAUACAAACUUUAAACAGCUUCCGUAUCUCAAAAUGCCUGAAACCAUUACUGAAAAGGAAAGAUUGAUUUUAGUUUGAGAAUGGCCGAAGGCUAUCAGUAGGGUGUUGUUAAACCCUAGUUUGCUCUUUGAAAACAGUAAAAAUUACAAAAUAUUUUGUAAAAUACUGACAAGCAAACAGCACUUCACAAAAGUUUCCAAAGUAUGAUGCUAUGAAGAAUGCCGGGAGAUCAAAAUAAAGACCCAGUCAACCCAAAAGUGAUGAACCAUUUUCAGAGAUUUGUGAAAAAUUUUCCACUAUCUUCUUUUCAUUCCAAUCAUUUUGUUUUUCUAUUUUGCCAUGACAAAAGACAGCUACGAGACUGUGAAAGCAGGUUUUACUUCUUUGACACUUGACUGAUGUUUGAAUGGUUUUUAUGUUAGGAUGGUGAGCGGUUCGCCCGCCGUGGUUACUGGGGUGACAUUAUCAACAGUCCCUAUCUAGCAUUCGGCAUUGAGAGCGAGGAAGAGUCGCUCUUUAAAACCUCUAAUGGCCAACAUGUUAAAGUAAGUAUUUUGAUAAAAAUUUAUAUAUAUUUUGUGUGAAGUUUCUACUGGAAAAAGUUGUUGAUCCAUAUGUACAGGCACCGUCAUUCACGCUUAUUCACUUUUUUCAGGCUUAAAAAACGACAAAUAAACAUCGGGCAAAUCGACUUACGUCCGGGCGAAACGACCGGUUACCCGUCGUGGAGGCACUUUCUCUCUUCCCAUCGUGCCCUGUACACUUACCUCUUGUCAAAAUUGUACUAUUUUAUCAUACCAUACAAUCUUCCAACAAAGCUAGGCCCGAACUUUCCAAUUCCAAGUUAUAGAAGUCUUUUUUACAUCGAGUUGAUCUUCAAACUCUUCCUUUUUAAAACUGGUUUGUUUGUUCACUGUGAAGUUUAUUUGUCGAACAGCGGGGAUGGCAACAAGUCACUUUGAUCCUAUCUAUAGACUGUUCCUUGGAAUGUUCUUACCAACUGAAAUUUAUACAGAGAACUAUCUCAAUGCCACAAUUUUGUCUGAUUUUUUUUUUCAUAUUUAGACAGCAACUCAUGUAUCCGAAUUUAAUGUCACAGCGCUUAUGCAUGAAAUGAUGACGGGGCAGAAGUACGUUCUGCCUAAAACUGGCGAGAAGAAAAAGGAAAAGAAAGGAAAAGCAACUCUGCAGGAAGUCACGGAGGAGGAAAAAGAGCCGGAAGAGAAAGAAGAUGUAAAGGACAAGCAAGAUAUAAUUCCUCAGUCGCGAGGUAAGUAAGGCGGCACAAAGGAAAAACACAACUAAAAAUAAACCGGGGAAAAAUGUCGUAUAAACACAGUAAUUACAGGACAGUUUAAAGCUGGUUAAUUGUGCCGAAAACAAGAAGCCGACCACUAUCCUUUUGUCCUCCUCUUGAUAACUAAACUGACCAAAGAUUAUCUUGACUUUCACGUCUAAUUUCCACUUUGUUACUCCUCCUUUUCUCUGGAAGUCUCUUUAACAUACUCGUCCGCGAGCACUUACGCUCAGGGUAUUUCUGGAUCUCAGCUUGCUAUAAUCACUACAUGGUAAAACUUCUCCUACAUUAUUUUUGCGGUUUUCCCGGCUGAUUUGCUUGACUCUCUACUCCGAUAUUUUGUCUGAAUAAUAAAAAUCAUAUUAUAUAAACACCAAUGACAUGUGAAAAGAUCACCGUUGCUACGGCUACAUAAUAAUAAAUCGCGCCUUUUCACAGCAAAAGUGAAAUGGUUUGGUAUUUCAUUAGUGUUUAUCAAGAGAUCAUAAUAGGACCUGUCCUAUUAUGGCUCUUGUUUUUACAUAAUAAAUAGAACAUUACAUGGUCGCUUGGAGAUACGAAAUAUCUCUUCUCGUAUUCACCACUCGAAGAGAAAUUUUGUUUCUCCGUGCGGCCAUGUAAUAUCCUCUAUUUCUUUAUUUCCAAGAAUAUAUGAAGUGCCCCGGUGUUAAAGUCCAUUUUCUUCCCAUAAAUUCUGUUCCUGACCUGCCAAGGAAAAGCAAGUACAGCAAACUGUUUGACAUCAUUUACUUUUCAAACAGGUAUGUGAACGCGUGCCUGAUUGUUUUGUCGAGUUUCUGUCAUACUGUAAAAUUCCUAAAAUAAGCCCCGGGGCUUAUAUUUUUCAAAGGCCCUUUUUGAGGGGUUUAUAUACGGAGGCAAAUUUGUGUUUGAAAAUCGGGUAGGCUUAUACUUGGAGGGAAAUUUGCGUCUCAAAAUCGAUUACGCUAGCUUUUUAUGUGGAAGGAAAUUUUUGUCAGUAAUUCGCCGAAAGGUUUUAUUGAGCGCGAUCUAUUCAACCAAAAUUCAGACUGGUCCAACCGGAAAAGUUUCGAAAAAGCUGGUCCACCAGUUUCGAAACUUUUCCGGUUGGACCGAACCGAUCCAUUGAGUUUUAGACCGAAAUUUCCAGAAAUUUUGGAUAAAUGGAAUUUAAGCAUUUCAUUUUCCAGGAAUGGAAAGUUAUGUAAUUUAGUCGUCGGUCCUAGUAAGGCACGGAAAAUUAAAGUUUUGUUUGAUAGAUUAGUCACUGCCGAUGACAAGGCAAGGGCAAUGUAAGAUACAGCGAAGUGAUUGAACAGCACGAACGGCACGCAUCUUGGUGGACACCAGAGUUUGUGUCUGCUGAACUGUUUAAGGUCCAAACUGAAUACCCUCAAAUGAAAGUCCUAAAAAAUCUUUUAAAAUGACAGCUAAACCUAAGGUCUUGGAAAACUAAACAAGGUCAUGGAAAAAGUCAUGGAAUUUGAAGAGCUCAAAAGAGUACGAACCCUCAUAAUUAGGAGCGGACAGCCUAGCGAUUUUACCCAUGUGAAAGUGGCUGUUGCCCAUGGGGAAGCAAAUUUUUGUGUGUGACCGAUUUCCCAAGAUGAAAUUGCCUCGAGGGAAGUCGUAAAAAGAGCAAAAGAAUAUUACCCAUGUCAGUUCCCGACGUAAGUUGUAUGGGUUAAUAAAAACCCAAAGCGGCUCAACCAAUCACGAGAAAGUGAAAUGUACCAAGCAGUAGAAAUCACGUGUUGUUUACGUCUUAUGUUCGUCUUGGGGCCAAAUCCUACGCGAAAACUAAACUCAAAGUUCCAAAAUUCAGCAGGAUUUUGAGCACUGUUGUGAAAGUUUUUCAGGUUUUUGCGUAAAAUAUAUUCAAAAGCACCUUGAAACACUCGCACGUUUUCUUUAAAUCGCUGUUCAAGAAUUCUUUUCAAUAAGUCGUUGAAAACGUACUUUUGACUUCUAAGCGAGAAUGGGUCAGAAUUUGGUUUUCUUAUAAGCGCGAAUGAAUUCGACGUCUUCCUUUUGAGUUUCUAAAAAGGGCUGAAUCACUCUUGCCAAGGUUAAUUGAUGUGGCGGUUUUAUUGAAAGGGUAAAAAUUGGCGAAACCGUUGACGAUUUAUGUCAGCCUUUAAUGUUUACCACAACGUUACCCGCGAAACCGGAUUCAAGUGUUUUCUUCCCCUUGUGCCAUUUAUGGCUGUGUGGCCGCAAAGAUGAAAUUGUUCAAAACCCAGAGUGAACCCAACCUAAGCUAUUUCCCCAUGGGGAGCCUUGGGGAAGACGUCUAGUGUGACCGCAUCUUUAUAUUUUUCCUUGGUUCGUAGAAUGGAGGUCAAUGGAGCUUUAUCCGAGUCAAAAGCUGGCGCAGCCGAAACUUGUUUUUUUGCUCUACAAUUGGGACUCAAUUGACUCCUGAUAUCUCGAACCUUUCAGGAAAGUCGAAAAAAGUCCGAGUUAUUAAAGGGGAGUUGGAAGCUAAUGACCAGAAAUAAGGAAAUAGGCUAAUUUAUGGAUUAAUUAAUUUUAAAGAGAGCAAGAAAUACAGAUUGAUAAUAUAAAAAAAAGAAAAAAAAAAGAAAGAAAGAUGGAUUAAUAUACAGAGAUGGACACUAAAUUUGAAGUAGUAGAGUGACAAAAAACAAGAACAAGUCCUUAAUUAAUUUAUUUAUGGAUUUUUUUGUUUAUUAAUUGUAGUAUGGUCCAUUUAUUGACUCCGGAAGUAAAAGAAAUCUUUGCUGAUGAAGCUAUUGUUAUUGCUGAAACAACCAAGUAAGUUUCGAUAUUUGGAUCGUUCCAGCUGCUAGAUAUUCAGCUUUUGAAACCCUACAAAAUCGCACGGCAUCUUAAUUGAGCACCUGGUUUGAUUCGGAGGCGUAAAUUGUGGAGAAGAGUACCGCUCUCAGUGUCUGUGGGUGAUAAGAAUGAUGUUUUCUCAGUCGGUGACACAGGGUGACGGAAUCAAGAAAGUUAGGGCCUAGUUACAUGGAGGUGGGGGACCUGAGGUAGGUGAGGUAACAUGUGGCGGGUCACCCCACUUAUCAUGUAAACGUGAUCAAAUUUUAAAAAUGAGAGAUUAUAUGGACAGACGGGUAUCCCACCUAUGCGGGGUAGCUCACCUACCUGGGUCCCCCACCUCCAUGUAAAAGUUGAGGUUAUUGUUGCUAAGGUUUAUUUCGUAUAGAACCUUUCGUAUACCAGCCUAAUUUCGUUUUUGGUUUGUUGUCAACACGGCCGUAGAUUAAACCGGGUCUGCAUGGGAUGCUAGUCCAUCACAGGGUUUCCACCUCUGGAAAACCGGUCGUUUGGAUACAAAGUUUUUGCGAUACAAGUCGUUUCGAUACAAACUUAAGCAGUGAAACUGCUCAACAAUUUCAAAUACUUAGGUAUAGUUAGCGCGUGGACAAACUUAUAGCGUGAAUAUUCCCCGUUACAUAAGCUAACUACGAAAAGCUAUUUGUACCUCGUCUGAAUCAACUUGUAAACGAGACGACUUUGUAUAAUGUUACGUGUUGUGUUCAAUUGUCAAGGUUCAUGUUGGACCUCAAACCGGAACAAAUGCAAGAAUACCUAAAAAAGAUAACAUCCAUGGCUCAAAGUGCUGGAUGCAAGGUUGGUGUAAAAUUUAAA